GCUGUUUUUUCUGAAAGUUGAUAGUGAAAGUAAACAUAACCUCAAAUUUAUAAAUACUGUAAUUUAAAAAGUACCUGUCAUCUAAAUUUAUUUUCAUUCUAUUGUAAAGUUUUCUUGCUAUUGAAAAAUAAUAGUGCAUUCAAUAUUCAAGCAUGAGUUUUCCACCUUUGAUAAAUGACAAUUUUCUUAGAGCUGUACGGGGUGAAAAAGUGGAUCACGUUCCAGUAUGGAUAAUGCGACAGGCUGGCCGGUAUCUACCAGAGUUUAGAGCAUUCAGAGAAAAACACAACUUUUUUGAAAUAUGUCAAACCCCUGCUUACGCAACAGAAGUGACCCUACAACCCAUCAGAAGAUAUUCUUUAGAUGCAUCCAUCAUAUUUUCAGAUAUUUUAGUUAUUCCUCAGGCAUUAGGUAUGAUAGUAGAAAUGAGGCCUGGUGUUGGUCCUGUACUACCCGAACCACUUGUAACCGUAGAUGAUAUACAAAGACUUGAAAAGCAUAUUCCAGUUGAUGUUCAAGAAAAGCUAGGAUACGUGGCAAAAGCAAUAACAAUGACUAGAAAACAAUUGGAAGGAAAAGUACCACUUAUUGGAUUUACUGGAGCUCCUUGGACUCUAAUGUGCUAUAUGAUUGAAGGAGGUGGAUCAAAGACAAUGUCCAAAGCUAAAAAAUGGAUUUAUCAAUGGCCUCAGGAAACCAAAAAGCUUCUCUCUUUGUUAACAGAUGUUAUUGUUGAUUAUUUAGUAAUGCAGGCAAAUGCUGGGGCUCAACUGCUGCAAGUUUUUGAAUCAAACGCUGAAUAUUUAGGGCCCGAACAGUUCGACGAAUUUUCACUGCCUUACCUGAAACAAAUCGCUUAUAGAGUCAAAGAAAUGAUAGGAUCUGAACUGGGCACAGUUCCGAUGACUGUUUUUGCCAAAGGAGCUCAUUAUGGUUUGGAAAAACUAGGCCAGUCGGGGUAUGAAGUUGUCGGGAUUGAUUGGACUGUAGAUCCAGUAGAAGCAAGGAAGCGGGUUGGCCCUAAUGUGACUCUUCAGGGAAAUCUGGACCCUUGUGCGUUAUAUGCAUCAAAAGAAACUAUUGAAAAGAUGGCUAAAACAAUGGUUGAGAAAUUCGGUAAACAUCGAUACAUUGCUAAUCUUGGUCAUGGAAUUUAUCCCGACGUACCCCCUGAAAAUGUUGAGAUUUUCAUCAAUGCUAUACAGAGUGCCUGCCAGUGAAAACUCUAACUUUGUGUUUGACAUAUAAACAUUAGCAUAUUUAUGCAAAUUGGUGAUGGUGGAAAUGGUAAUAUUAUACUAGUUUGUUUUUAAUAAAACCGUUACAAGUAUUUAAAAUCUU